AUGUCCACUUACCCUUACGUCCAUCUUGCCCGACAUCCAAGCGCGAUUUUAGUGACAACUGGUGCACACUUUCAUGCGGUAGAUCUUCGCCAAGGCGAGCUCUUGUGUUCUACCCGCACGCUCGAUGAGGCCACCUGCGCGAACAUCAUCAAGUCGGGGUCGAUUCGCUGCGUAGCGUUUGACGAUGCAUUCACUCACAUUGCGACUACGGGCGACGACAAAAAGCUCAAAGUGUGGAAGGUCAACACCACUGAGCCUCGCCUCGAGCUCCUCAGCGAACGCGAACUCCCGAAGAAGCCCACCGCGCUCCUCUUCACGCGCGACGGCGCGAUCGUCGUCAGCGACAAGUUCGGGGACGUCUUCAGCUAUCCCCUGAACCCCACUCCCCCUUCCGCCACCGUGGAUGUUCCUUUAGUCGGCGCGUCGAAGCGUGGCUCACUGACAUCACACGAAAACCCGUCGAACGGCACGCUCAUACUCGGGCACGCGUCGCUCGUCACCACCUUCGUCCUCACCCCUGACGAGCGGUACAUCAUCACCGCGGACCGCGACGAGCACAUCCGCGUGAGCUGGUUUCCGCAGGGGUACGCCGUCGAGCGGUACUGCCUUGGCCACAAAAAGUUCGUCAACGCCCUCCACAUACCACCGUCGAAACCGAACGUGCUUGUAUCUGGUGGCGGGGAUCCAGUGCUGAAGGUGUGGGAUUGGAUGACCGGUGCACUUUUUGUAGAUGUGCCGGUUCAAGAGGUCGCAGAGCCGUUCGUCGUGGUGAAGGCCCCGAAGCGGAGGAGAGACUGGUCUGAUGGAGAUGAUGGCGGCGGCGGAGGCGGAGAUGAGGCAGAGGAAGGUCAGCCUCAGAAGAAGGGGAAGGGUAGGCGGAGAAGGCGUGGCAAGGACAAGGCGCAACACUCGGCGGCUGAGAAAGAGGGGAGUGUGGAUGCCGAGGGGGAAACGGAGAAGGCCGACAAUGUUGCCGAUGGUGAGGACGUCGACGUUUCUGUUGGGUUCCCGGAGGCGGUUCUCGUGUUUGUCGUCAACAAGAUCCAGUCGGUGAACCGAGGUUCGGAUGGAUGUCAUAUUCUUUUCAGUGUGGUCGGCGCGACUGCUUUAUUCUACACUAUCCUCCCUGAAGGCGAGACCUCGCAUCCUGUCCAUGCUGUUGACCUUGGGGCCUCUGUAGUAGACUUCACUAUUGAUCCAGACGAAAGCACGGUCUGGGUUUCAUUAGACGCGGCAAGUGCUACCUCACCAGAAGCAUCUUCUCCCGUCCGCUUGCUUUCUUGGUCCGGUUCCACCCUAAUCCCGCAUCCGCACCCGGACUCCGCGCCUGCCCUCUCCCUCCUCGCGACCUCCCCAUCCCUCCGCGUACCCGCCUCCGACGACGACCUUAAGGCCCUCGACCUAUACGGGGCACUCACCGCACUGCCGAAGAACGUCGAUCCGGCACACGACCCGCACAUCCGUGAUGGGCUUGCAGAAGCGGCUGCGGUGGACGAGGAAGGGCUCACGCUGCGUGAGCUCGGGCGGCUCAAGAAGAAGCGUGCAUUAUUGGCACGCAUUCAGGAGAAGGAACGAGCACAACAGGGGUGCGGAGCGAGCGAGGAGGCGGGCCCUGAGGCGAAGAAGGCACGGUCUGAGACGGGCGAGGGCGAGGGACAGCACGAGGGUGCAGACGUGGAGAUGGAGGGGGCGUAG